AUGUACCUCAUAGACCUUAUAUUCCAGCAAUCUAAUUUUAUAAAUGAACGUAAUCUCUCCCCUACUUCCAGAGACGCGUGGAGGCUUCACACAGGGCGUCAGUAUUACGUUCCAGUCACGAAGAAAACACUAGUCAAUCUGGGCUUCGUCAGACAGGUGACUUACGGCAGCCUGGCGGAGGAAAGGACAAGGACAGUGCUUGUUAACGGGGCUUGGAAAAAGGCAGCGGGUUAUUUCGUCGACCUGUUCGAGAAAUCCGGCCAAGAUCCAGUCACCUCCGUCAUCACCACCAGCAGAAGCGUCUUCGAGCAACUCCUGGGCCAGCUCCUUCCCACGGAUCCUUGAAUCCUGCAGGAGGCAUCCCCCCUACCACCACCCCCACACAUCCCCACACUUUCCCCAACCUCCCCACACCUUAUCCCACACCUUCUCCCAACCUCCCCCCGACCCGACACCUUCCCCCAACCCUCCUUAA